AUGGCGAACGAGACGGGAGACAGGACAGAAGGGGAGACCGGCGCUUGUCCGCCGGGCUUCUUCCGAGCCUCCUACGUGGUGUUCAGCUGCCUUGGCGGCCAAGGGCGGGCCCACUUCUACCACAUGCCAGGUCAGACGAUGAUGAUCCAAGUGCCACAGGGCGUGGAAGAUCUUACCGUUCAUGUCGAGCUAAACGAAUCAUCGGCCGGAGUGAAUGUUGACCUGGAGUUGUACGACGCCGGACCAGACAAGUUUCUGGUGAGCCACAGAGACGGAAUCGUCAAUGAUGAGCAAACGGAGGGUCAGUUUGGGAACCUCGCUCUGCUCUACAGCGGCACGGCGGCAGGUGAAUGGCUCGAGGUUCGUGGCCGCUUUCCAUCGGACAUGCUCCUGCUGAUGCGCUGCCAGAGCGGCCCUCCAGGAUUCAGCGAGACGGUGCUGAAGUACAGCUACGGGGACAUCAGCCCCUGCCCGGAGGUGCCUCCAGGCUGUGAGGCCUUCAAUGACACGGAGGCCACCCGGGAUGUAGCCGCUUGGCGCGCCUGGGCCUUGGGCCGAUUCGGACUGGAAGAGAACUCCAGUGAUGCAGCGUGGGAAGAGCUGGUCGCCCCUACGGCUGAUGAGACAGGCACCUUGCCUUGGAGCCGUUUCCAGAGCUUCUGGAACCAUUGGCCUGAGGAGACGCCCUGGAAACCAGCUGCGCACCUCAUCGAUGCGGAUGGGGACGCACGGAUGAGCCGCGCGGAGUUCCAGGCAGCUUAUGGCAUCCCGGGGCCAGAGGCACCAGUCAGACCCCCGGGCACGCGGAUGGCUCACGAGCUUGAAAGCUGGAGUUUCUGGCUCAUCGUCGUGGCCGGGGUGGCCACGGGCAUCGCUCUCUUGGUCAUCCUCUUCCGCUUGCACCUGUGUACCAGAACAGGGCCCUCCUACAGCCCACUGCCGGGUUGCGAGUCUGAGGAGGAAGCCUCUGAGGGCAGCGCCACUGCCAGCAGUGAGGCUGUCGAGAGAUCCAUGGAUGCCCCUGGAGAAGAGGGCGUGUCUCUUCAGCAACCCCUGCGCGCGAACAGCGCGAGCAGCGCGCCGGAGGCUACCGUCUCCGUCAGAUCCCGCAGCAAACAGCAUGAGCACCAGUGGAUAAGCGAGCUUGAGUUGCUGCCCUUGCCAGCUGCUUUCGCACCACAGGUGCAAUGGUCUUUUGAGCAAAGGCCAGCAGGCGAAGCGGGCCAGCCGCGAUCGUCCCAGCCACGAAGCCUGCGUCAGGUCUUGGACCAAGGGUUUCAAACCGGAAACGCUGGAAGCCAAACGCCGCUGUACCCUCCUGGGAGCUUUGGUGCCAUGCUCUCCCACACUGCCGAGUAUAGUCGCUAA